AGUCGUUUUUUUUUUUUUUUCUAAUUUCUCUGUCUUUGGCUUGGAUUAGUGAAUUUAGAGAGUGGUAUUUAGAGAAUUAGGUUUGUCUUCUUUCCCAUCUGAAUUUCGAUUUGUCAGAGCUCGAAGAAAGAGAUGCUGCAGGCCAUGUUCCAACCGCAGGAAGAGCUUGCAAUGGAGGGCCUCUGCUGCUCCAUUGCCUUCCAAAUCCUUGACUUCGACGACGAUGUCACCAAGCUGUUUCCUGACACCCUGAGGACCUCUGAAGUUUCUUCCGGCUCUGCCGCUGGCGGUGGCAGCUGCAUCGACCCCUCCCCCUGCUACGACGACGACAACUCGUUCGUUGCCCCCGCUGCCUUCUCCCCCCUACCUUCCAUGGACCCUUCCACCUUCUCUGCCCUUCUCGACUCUUCCCAACCACCACCUGACGAUAUUGCCGCCGUCAUCUCCAGCUACGCGCCCCCUCCGCCGUUCCCUGUGCCGCCGACAAAGCUCGCAGACCAGCCCGACCAAUGCGACAUGUCAGUGACAUCGCAGAACUCCGCUUUCCAGCUUCUGGAAGGGCCGCUGCUACAGCCGCCACCGCCAUUGGUGUACGAGGAGGAGUGCUUGCCAUCAGCCAUGUCAACGGCGUCGGCCUAUGUGGGGUGGAACCCGUCACCGUUUAUGGAUGCCGGCGUCAUAGAGGGUGGCGGCGGGCUUUACUCGGGAGGAGGUAUGAGGCUUUGGGAGGGUCAGCAAAGCUUGUAUCAAGGAGGGAUGAAUCUGGGCCCGGAGGAGACAGGGAUGGCUCCAAUGGAAAUGGUCGCGGGAAGGGGAGGCAUAGGGUUCUACGGACAGUGCCACCGCUCUACCGAUCUCCAGGUGCUCGGAGAUAGCCACCAACAUCUGGUGGGCAGUUGUAGCAGCACCAAGCCACUGGUAGUGUCUGACGUAUCUGCUGCAUUGGACGAGUCCUGCUACAGAGUAGGCCGCCUCUCUGUUGAGGAAAGGAAGGAAAAGAUCCACAGAUACAUGAAGAAAAGGAACGAGAGAAACUUCCAUAAGAAGAUCAAGUAUGCAUGCCGGAAGACAUUGGCGGACAACCGACCUCGGGUCCGAGGAAGAUUUGCAAAGAAUGAUGAGUUUGGAGAGGCAGCAAGACCAAGUAGCUCCACCAAUCAUGAAUAUGAUGACCAUGAAGAAGAAAUGGUGAAGGACAAUGUCACAUUUGACCCCUCGGAUAUUAUCGCAAAUAUCAGUGAUGUUAAUUCCUUUCAAUAUAACUACACAAUAGGGUCAUGGAAAUGACCAUCUUCGUGAUAAUUUAAAGUCAGUGUAAUAAUUUUUUUGCAAGGUCAUUUGCUAACAUAUGGGACCAAUGGCAUGUCUGACAAGUUGAAUGGCAUCAUAAUUUAUUUUCGAUGUAGUGCCUAUUAUAUAUUUUGGAACUAA